UGAACUAUAGUAGGGAAGUUCACGCGAGUUCAGUCCAAGUGCAAGAAUUCAUACCAGUGUGUAAAGAACGCUUAUAGUGUAGCAAUCUACAUGGCGGAUCAAUGUGCUAGUAUUUUGGAGUUAAUUGAUUCUUCAGAUGAAGAGAAUGUAAUCAUGGUACCACCACCAGAAAUACCCGUAAUUGAAGAUGACGAUGGUUAUGACGAGUUACAUCUAUUGCACCCAAUUUUUGGAAUGAUUCAAAGAAUAGAACAUGUAAAAAUAAUCAAUUACAUUGAAAACAUUGUUCGGAGUUAUGACAAUAUUGAUUUUAUUAUGCAUUUUCGUUUAUCGAGAGAAAUAGCACAUGAACUCAGCUAAAUUCAGCAUGUGUGAAAUAUUUACUUCCUUACAAGAUGAUUCAGGACGUUCAAAAAUAACAGCUGAAAAGCAUAUUUUAAGUUAUUUAUGGUUUAUAGGCCAUGAAAGUGCAUCAUAUCGUGACGUAGCUGAUAGAUUUGGAGUAACUUUAAGCGCUUUGCACAAAAUUAUCACGAGGGUCACUGAUUUUAUAAUAUCUAUGGCACCUGAUAUUAUUAGAUAUCCCACUAUAAUUGAAAAAGAAGAAACAGCAGCCUUUUACUAUGAAAAAAAAGGCUUUCCUGGAGUUAUUGGCGCUAUUGAUGGUUCCCACAUUAGAAUAGAUAAGCCAACAGAAGAUCCUGAAUUAUAUAUUAAUCGGAAGCAAUGUUUUUCUUUACAUAUUCAGGGAACAGUUAACCAUCAUAUGAAAUUUAUGGAUGUAUUUAUUGGAUAUCCUGAUUCGGUGCACGAUGCAAGAGUAUUUAAAAAUUCACCAAUACGCAAUGAUUUGCAUGAACUCUGUGGAAAUAAUUAUCUGUUGGGAGAUAGUGCGUAUCCUUGUCUAAAACAGUUGAUUGUGCCUUAUAGGGACAAUGGACAUUUAACACGUGCGCAAAGGACAUUUAACCAAAAAUUAAGUUCUUGUAGAGUCAUAAUUGAAAAUGCAUUUGGAUGUCUCAAGCAACGGUUUCGGCAAUUGUACCAUUUUAAACUGCGAGAUAUACCACGAAUGACAUGUGUGAUACACGCAUGUUGCGUGCUUCAUAAUAUAGCAAAUGCAAACGAUUUAGAAAUUUUCGAAGCACCUAUAGAUGACGAGCAACCUGACAUUGAAGCACAAAGACUACAUACCGAAAUAGAUAUAGCACCAAGAGAGAUUGAAACUGGAAUACACAUUCGUGACGAAAUAUGCCACCAAUUAUUUGUAAACUAAAGAGUUUAUAAUUUUAUACAAAAUAAAUUUUUAAUAAAUU